AUGACAACAAAAGAAGCAAUUACAGACGAAUCUGAUAAUGUCCUACCGGGAUUUACUGGCAAAUGUCACCCAGAAAUAUUUAACUUAUUGGCAAGACCGGAUAUAAAGGAGAAAAAAGCAGGACAACUACCGGACGAAAUUAUCAGGAAGUUUUUCGAAGAUGGUUAUGUUAUUGUUGAAAACUUCUUUUCCAAGGAAGAACUGGAACCAUGCAGAAAAGCUAUUGAAGAAUUUGUAGAUCAACUUGCUCAGAAAUUACAUGGAGCAGGAAAAAUCAAAGAACUUUACAGCGAGUGUGGCUUUUUUGAACGUUUGACGAAGAUUGGGGAAGACUUCCCUGGAGCAAAUAUAAUUUUACACAAAUAUGGCGUCCUGCCACAGGCUUUUAAAGACUUGUGGACCAAUGAGCGCUUGUUAAAUGUCGUGGAGCAGCUGAUUGGUCCAGAAAUUUCGGGGCAUCCUGUUUGGAACCUACGCACUAAAACUCCCCAGAACGAGGCUACUACAGUUCCUUGGCAUCAAGAUAGUGCCUACUUAGACAGAAAUUCAUAUACAGUUCUACAGCCAACAGCGUGGAUACCACUUUUGGAUGCAAAUGCAGAAAAUGGUUGCAUGCAGGUAGCACACAAAGGACACAAGACUGGAAAAGUUGCAACUCACCAAUGUUGCUAUGGUAAUACUUGGUAUGUUAUGCUGGAGGAAGGUGAAAUGGCAAAAUCGCUGGGAAUAAAUCUUGAAAAAGACAUCGUAACGUGUCCAGUUCCAUAUGGAGGAAUGCUACUGUUGAAUAACCUGAUCCCGCAUAGAAGCCUACCCAAUCUUUCCAAAAAAAUUCGUUGGAGCCUUGACCUUCGUUGGCAAAAACCAAACCACCCUGCAGGAUUUUACGGAAUUAAAGAGCACCUGUUAUUCCGUACGUCAAAAAACUCGAGCCAUAAGAUAGACUGGUCAGGUUUCGAGGGGGAGAACCGAUGGGACAUCCAAAAAGAAUACGUCAAUGACCUUCAGGAUGUACUUCCGAAUGCUGAAGAUGCUGACUUUGAUACAACUAUCCAAGGACCUUGGAUGAAGAAGUGGGAUCUAGUUCAUCAUAACACACACACAACAAAAAUGGACAGCUCUAAGGGCUCUUGGCAUGAAAUAACAGUUAAGGCCUAA